GACGAUGGUGAUGGUGAUGGUGACGACGUAUCUGCGACAGCGGUGAUGUGUACACGGGGAGUCGGGUCGACGGAGAGCAGGCCUUCGUCAUUGGAAUCGCCCACCACCACAGUUGCCCUGAUCGACGUGACGCAACUCCUCUGCGAAUGGUUUGGUGUCGAAGACGACCGCUGUGUGCACACGCGAGACUGGCUGCUGCUGCACACGCUGGGUGGUGCUCCCCACCCACUCGCUCGUGUGUGUGUACUGGCAACAAGGGAGCAGAUCAAAGCUGCGCACUUGCACCACUGCCGCGCCAGUGACGACGAUGAUCAUGAUGAUGAUGAUGGCGGUGGCAACGACGAUGUCGCUAGCGUGGUGGCGACUAGUGGUGACGUUGACAUGGAUGCACUGCCUGCAUCCGGCGCAGGGUGUGGUGCGUGCCUUGAUUCGCCAGCUUGGACACACGACGUCAGCUUCUGGGUGCCCGCACUUGAUGCUGGUGACAAUGUGGAUAAUAUUGAUGGUGAUGAUGAUGAUGAUGAUGAUGAUGAUGAUGAUGAUGGUCUGGAGCAGCAGUGGUUGGCACAUGUGCAAACGAUCACAGAUUCAGUGGCCGGCGAGGCGCUUGCGUCGUGUGCGUGUGUUGACCGCUUUCAGCAUCCGCACACACGUGCGCGCAGUUUCUGUUAUCGCCUCGUCUACCAAGGCUGUGACACGGCCGUCAGCGAAGACACAGCUUGGCAGUGGCAGCAGUCUGUCCGCUCGCGUCUUGCAGAUCUUGGGUGUGAACUGAGGUGACCGCGACCGGUUCAGCAGUCGGGACAGCGCUAAGCACAUGUUUGCAUAUUUCAGUGCACGUUUGAGUUGUGUGCGUGUUGAUAGAUGGUGUUGGGUGGCAAGCGGAGUCACGAACGAGCAUGACAGCACUGAUUCACACCCGAAAGUAAACGUGAUCCAC